GAAAAAGACACACUGCAAUAAAGAGAAACGCAGCUCGAAGACCACAAAUAAAACAGAUCCCUUUUGAGGAACUCAUCAGUUCCCCCCCUACCCCCCCGGUCUACUCCAUCAAACCCAGAGCUGCUCAGACAGAGAGAGAGAGAUGGCUCCGAGAGCAGGCCCAUUCUUGGACCUCUCUUUCUUCUUUAUCUACACCAUCUCCAUUGCCCCUCUCAUGGAGUAAUGAUCUUGUCGUUCAUCGACCCUUCUUCUUCUAAGAAGAAGCAGAAGCAGAAGCAGGAGGAGGAGGAGCAGAAGGAGGAGAUGGAGGCAAGUUAUCAACCCCACCACCAUGGUCACCUUCGUCAACACGACCCAUCGAGCUCUCAGCAAGAAGAGCAAGUCCUUUUCGACGCCCUUUACUGCUCGGAGGAGCACUGGGGAGAAGAAGACGAAGGAGAGGGAUUGGCGAGCGAUGGGCUCUUGUCGGAAGAGAGAGAUCACAGAUUGCUGAGCCCGCGAGCCUUGCUCGAUCAGGACCUGCUCUGGGAAGACGAGGAGCUGGCCUCCCUCUUCUCCAAAGAGGAGCCGGGCGGCAUGCGCUUGAAUCUGGAGAACGACCCGUCUUUGGCCGAUGCUCGCCGCGAGGCCGUGGAGUGGAUAAUGAGAGUCCACGCGCACUACGCGUUCUCCGCUCUCACGGCUCUGCUCGCGGUGAACUACUGGGAUAGGUUCACGUGCAGCUUCGCCUUGCAGGAAGACAAGCCGUGGAUGACUCAGCUCUCCGCCGUCGCUUGCCUCUCUCUCGCCGCCAAAGUGGAGGAGACCCAAGUGCCUCUUCUCAUCGAUUUCCAAGUCGAGGACAGUAGCCCCGUCUUUGAGGCGAAGAACAUACAGAGAAUGGAGCUCCUGGUGCUCUCGUCGCUCGAAUGGAAGAUGAAUCCAGUGACCCCGCUAUCGUUUCUUGAUUACAUGACAAGGAGACUAGGGCUGACGGGCCAUCUGUGCUGGGAGUUUCUUAGAAGGUGCGAGAACGUCCUCCUCUCUGUAAUCUCAGAUUGCAGAUUCACGUGUUAUCUUCCUUCAGUGAUAGCUGCUUCCACAAUGCUGCACGUAAUCAAUGGCCUAAAGCCUCGUCUCGAUGUCGAAGACCAAACCCAGCUCCUGGGAAUCCUAGCAAUGGGCAUGGACAAGAUCGAUGCUUGCUAUAAGCUCAUCGACGACGACCACGCAUUGAGAAGCCAGAGAUAUUCCCACAACAAGCGCAAGUUUGGAUCGGUCCCCGGGAGCCCCAGAGGAGUAAUGGAAUUGUGCUUCAGCUCCGAUGGCUCCAACGAUUCUUGGUCCGUGGCGGCCUCGGUAUCGUCCUCCCCGGAGCCUCACUCCAAGAAGAGCAGAGCCGGCGAGGAAGCCGAAGACCGGCUUCUGCGGGGGCUCGAGGGCGAGGAAGAUGACCCCGCGAGCGCGGAUAUCUUCAGCUUCCCUCACUAGCGGGCACUUCAUCCGGGUCCUGGUUAUCAUACUCUUAUAUAUGUUGGGGAAUAACGGUUCAUAUGUUUCAUGUAAUGCGCAAGUUAAAUUGCCAACCAUCUCUCGGUUCCAGCCUAAUUCCCCAGAACGAUUGAAAACACACCAGAUCGGAAGGUUGCAAGAACCAUUCUCGACUGGGAUUGCUGGGUUCCUAGGCUUUUGAGAUUUGGAAUGGAGAUGGUUGGCAUUUUAUCCGGAUUAUAACUUUAGGGAUUAUGAACAAAAUGAAGAGAAGAAAUCGUUGGGAAGGAUCCUGCUGUUCCUGUUGUUCCUUUUUUCCCUGUACGGUCCCCCCCUCCUUCUUUCCCUCUUUUCUGUAUCAAAGCACUUCUGCAGCAGUUCAGCUAUAGGUAGUACUUUGAAAUAAAAGAGUUCAUCAUGAAGGGUAAGCAUUUUUGUUUC